AUGGCUGUGCUCCUGCUCCUUGUCCUGCUGGCCCUGGGCUGGCCCGUGCACAGCAUGGAGGACAACUGUGGAAUCUGCGGGCUCAGGCCCUUGGCGACCGACUCCAAGCAACGCAUCGUGGGUGGCACCGAAGCACGGACGGGGGCCUGGCCCUGGAUGGUCAGCAUUCAGGACCGCUAUAGCUCAGGCUCGGGGCACGAAUGUGGAGGGUCCCUCAUCAGCCCACAGUGGGUCCUCACAGCAGCCCACUGCUUUUGGAAGAAGAGGGCCCUUGACAUAUGGCGCGUGGUGAUCGGGGCCACCAACUUGUUUCAGCGGGACAUUGAGUUUGAGGUGCGCAACAUCACCCACAUCGAGUUCCACGAGGACUUCCACAACCUCACCAUGGAAAAUGACAUCGCCCUGGUGGAGCUGAGCAGUCCUGUCCAGUGCACCCCCUACAUCCAGCUGGCCUGUCUGCCCGAUAUGACAGUCAGAGUGUCAGAGCUGAAAAACUGCUACAUCAGUGGCUGGGGUCACUCCAGAGCCAAAUCUGCAAAGACCCCUGGAUCCCUGCAGGAGGCCAAGGUGAAUCUAAUUGAUACCCAGCUCUGUAACAGCACUGAGUGGUACAGAGGGGAAGUCCACACCCACAAUCUGUGUGCUGGCUACGAACAGGGUGGCAUCGACACCUGCCAGGGGGACAGCGGGGGCCCUCUGGUCUGCAGAGAGUCUGAGGAAGACUUAUUCUGGCUGGUGGGAGUGACCAGCUGGGGGAGAGGCUGUGCCAGAGUGAGACAGCCCGGGAUUUACACCUCCACUCAGUACUUCUACGACUGGAUCCUGAUAGAAGACAUCAACCUUCCAAAUGUUGCCCAGCACCUUUUAACUUCACCUGAAGUCACACCAGUUGUCAGGUCUCGGAAAUACAACAAUGACUGGUGGAUAGGAAGGCUGGUGAAGGAGGGCUGCGAGAUCGGCUUCAUCCCAAGCCCGCUCAGGCUGGAGAACAUCCGCAUUCAACAGGAGCAGAAGAGAGGACGUUUCCAUGGAGGGUGA